UCGCUCACUCGUGUGGUGUCGGCGGCGCGGCAGUUCAUUCCCCAACAGCACCCCUUCCUAAGCUCCCCGCCCCGGCUGCGGUGCGGGAGGUGGCUGCCCACUGUCCCGGUGCCCGCGUGGGCCGGCCGCGCCUCCAGCCCCGCCAGCGGCCGUAGCCGCGAGGUGAGGUGUCGCCGCGCGGGGCUCGCUCGCCCCUGAGUGCUUCUCUUGUGGCAGUAUCCCUGAAACAGGGCCUUGGAGUUGGGAGCUGCUCAGGUAAAGGCUGUAGCUGUCAGACUGCUUAUGCAUAACAUAAAGGCAAGUUUUGAUAGGGACUGCUUAUCUCUUCUGGGGGUAAUGAAGAUGGUAAGAACUGGAUCCUUGGUCUCUUAGAGUGCCUGCCCCUUUGUCAGGAGGUAGCAGACAAGAACAGCUGCAAAACACUGCCAUUUUCAUGCUGCCCUGAGGAGAAUCCACUGACUGCAGUCAGCUGGUGCUUAGCCACGGUGGCUUGUAGUAGCACCAAAUGUCCUGUGAGUCUCCGCACUGACUAGAUCAGCUGAUGGCAACAAGGAACACAUGUGGAAGCCCGGAACUGUUUUCACAACAAUGAGAUGCCUCACCCACCCACUGCUCAGGAGGUUGUUGGGUCUCUCGCCUCAGCGCAUGCCAGGGGUAUUGAGCCAAAGUCCUGUCCUCAGUCCAAAGUGCUCACCUCUGAGGCAGAGCUGCAGUACAAGACCUAGGCUCGUGACUGCCACCGAUGUGGUCAACUACUGGCAGAAGGUGUUUGAGGCAAAUGGGAUCCCUGAAGCACGAGAAUCCAGUGAAUACAUAGUGUCAUUUGUCCUGGGAGCAAAAACAUUUCAGAGCUUGAACUCCAAAAGCCUCUGCACUCCGCUUACAGCAGUGCAACAGGAGAAAAUUCAGCAGCUGAGCAACAAGCGUCUAGAAAGAAUGCCAGUGCAGUAUGUGCUUGGUGAGUGGGACUUUCAGGACCUGACUCUGAAGAUGAGACCCCCAGUAUUUAUUCCUCGGCCUGAAACAGAGGAUCUUGUCUCUUUAGUUGUGGAGGAAGAAUCUCGGAAAUGUGGGAAGAAUUUAGGCCUUUACUUCCCAGUUCCUGUCCCUCAUGCUGUGAUCCUGGAGAUUGGCUGUGGCUCUGGAGCAAUUGCUCUGAGUCUGUUGUGCAAACUGCCACAGAGCCGGAUAAUAGCCGUGGAUAAAGAGAAGUCUGCUGUGGAUCUCACCAGGGAAAAUGCACAUAGGCUGCGACUCCAGGAGAGGAUCCACAUCCUCCACCAUGAUGUUUCAUACAGUUCAGCCAAGCAGCUGCUACUCUGGGGCCCCAUAGACUUUAUAGUCAGUAAUCCCCCAUAUGUCUUCCGUGAAGACAUGGCUUCCUUGGACACAGAAGUUGUCCGCUAUGAGGACCUUGAUGCACUGGAUGGGGGAGAUGAUGGAAUGAGAGUCAUCAAAACAAUUCUAGCGCUGGCUCCUUCUCUUCUGAAGGAUUCUGGGAGUGUGUUUCUGGAAGUUGAUCCCAGACACCCAAAUAUGGUGGAAAACUGGCUACAGGCACACCCCAACUUACAACUUGGCAUUCGUGCCAUUCACAAGGACUUCUGUGGCAAGGCUAGGUUUCUGCACAUCCAAAAACAAAGCAGAUGACAACUCUACCAAAAAUAACUCUUCUUGCAGUAUGCUGGUGAGUCCUGCUGAACAGCUUGUUGAAAACUGCGUGGCAAAAGGAAUCUUCACUUUGUUCCCCAGUGCAUUGAACUCUCUGUGCAGUCGCAGUCCCCCUCAUUUCCUGACAGACUUCAUCCAGUUGCAGAAGUUCAGCAGAGCAUGUAGAAGUGUUUCACCUUCCUUGGGGAACUGCAUGCAACUCAUUAAUCACAGGACCCAGCAUGGAAGAGUUCACAGCUCCAGAUAUUUCAUUAAAAAUACAACUUCUUAACAUGUCAGAUCACCUAUUUGACUUCGAAAGAAUUUAACGUCUCUUUGGUUUUUUUGGCCUUGAGAUAAAUUUUAUAUAAAAUGUGACCAGAUUGGAUGAUAGGUCCAAACUCUGGGUUAUAUUGGCACAUGGAUAUGCUGGUAUAAUGGGACAUGACUAACCUGCAUAUUUUAAAUUCAGUUCUAUUCCAGGAUCCUGAUGCUCUGGAGUAGAUCUCUAACAGCAAAGCAGCCUUCAUUUCCCAGUCCUGCUGAGUGACAUGUCUUUGAGAGAACAGUGCACAUGUUACACCACACGAAUCUACAGCACCUGUCACUUGGUGGAUGCUGGCAGAAACAAUGAAAAUUUUGUAAUGUAGUGCUUCAGAUCAGUGUCCUUACAAGAAUUGCUGUGCAAUUACGUUUUCAAACAUGCUAACAGACCUGAAUAAACAUCUGGCAUCUGCA